AAGCUAAUUAAAGUUGCGACAAACCGAAAGCGAGUCGCCAGUUGUCCGCCAGUUCUCCACGGAGCCAUUUCCACGGAGCGAAUUCCACUAGCUUGGAGUGUUUGUAAUCCCAGGGAUCGUCCCGAGAGACAGACAAGUUGUUCACGAAACGCGUAUACCCUUGCCCAGCACAAUCUCCACAUAGCACAAGGCAAAUAUGUCCUGCAAUGAGAAAACAGCGCUGCUGGCAACGCAACAAGGACAGCAGCGCCAGCACAUCAUUGUCAUGCCUGCGACGCGGAAGGAUCCAAAGGAUUAUGAGCCCAUUUUCACAACUGCUGACUAUUCCUACGGCCUGACACUGGAGGAGUUGCUGCCCUUCGCUUUGGAUCCCUGGUGGCAGAACGUGCGGCGAUUCAGCUGCGGGGUCCUGGGACUGGCCUUCCUGCUGACCCUGAUUGCCGGGCUGGUUAUGGCCCAUUCCGGCAGUGUCUGCCAGCCAAAUAGAGCAAUUAGCGGAAACUCGACCACGACUACGAUGGCCACCCCGCUAUCCUUGGCGUCCAACGGCACCCAGCUGCUGAUGGCCAGUUUGUGACGGCCGCAGGCUAAUCUCUGCGUCAUUCUGGAGAUGCUGCAAUCCCCAUGCGGAAUUGCAUCAGCCGCAUCAGCACGCACUAUUUGCAUUUCUUUGGCUUGCCGGCAAUGGAUGAGUAUUUACAUAUGCCUGCACUUUUCCCUUCCACUCCACCCCAGUUGCUAGCUGAGCGAUAAGCAAUGCACCGCGGAACCGAUUGAAGCGGGACAAUUCAGCUGAUUAAUAUAAUUGUUUUUCGAGUAAAAUACGUGGACACCUUUAAUGUGUUCAUAAAAAAUUGAUUAGACUUAAGUCAAUACUUUUACAGAUUAUUGCUAUUAGGCAAUUAAUAAUUGAACAAAAUAUUGAAGUAAGAAAAAACGAUGUUAUAUGAGACAAUUUGGAACAUUCCGAAGUAUUUAAGCUUUGUUUCAUUAAGGACAUCUGAUUUUCCACCUGAACGUCAAUCUAUAGUUU